AUGGGCAAGGACAAAGCAAGCGCCCGAGCGCAAUCACCACCGCCACCACCACCACCACCACCUCAAUAUCCACAUAUUGAUUCACAUGAUCUGAAUUACUCUCAGCCUCCUCCUGACGAGGAAUCUUCACCAAUUGCUGAAUCCUUAUUCCAGGACACAACAACAGUUCUGGACGAUGGCCGUGUCUCGGUUAAUUUGGAUACCAAGUUAGCACGUGUUUUCGCGAAGCUCAUUGAGGCAUCAGACGACGUUGAACAGACGAUCGAGCCACCGCCAGCAUACCAGGAGGAGGAUAAUUCAUCCUUCGAGAAAUGGCAGUUGCCAUUGAGCAUAGCAGUUCAUGUUGUCGGCAGCCGUGGCGAUGUUCAACCUUUCGUUGCACUUGGCCAAGAGCUUCAGACUCAUGGCCAUCGGGUUCGAAUAGCUACUCACAACGUAUUCAAAGACUUCGUUCAAAGCGCAGGAUUGGAAUUCUACCCGAUUGGGGGAGACCCUGCCGAAUUGAUGGCCGUAAGAUAUGCGCGCUCCAAGUCCAAAUGCAUUUACGACUAA